UGUUUUAAUAUACAGGGGAGGGUUAUAUAAACAUUUCUCAUAUCCAAAGAGGUUCGCAGUUCGGUUGCAGUCUUUCACAUCCCCUCAAACAUGAGGACCUGGGUUAUCUUACUCAGCAUUGCUGUUCUCUUUGAAGCUGUUACCUCUGCCAGCCUCCCAGAUUACGAGUACGAUACCUCAGAAGAGUAUCACGAGAUCGAACAUGAGGUUGCGACACAUACUCAUAGCAAAGUCUCAAAAACUUCAUCAACAGUCGUCAAGAAGGAAGUUGCGAAACACGAAAUCACUUUCCAGGUUCCAGAAAUUGUAGCAGUGACAACUACAACCAAGGCACCUCCGGUAACAGUAGCACGUUUUUCAAGGCGCAAGAAGUCACCCACGAAUGGCAGAACAUAGAUGUCGAAAAUUUAUUUUAUAUCGAUAACCCUUCAAAAUGAAGAUCAUUCAUGAAUGGACGAUCCGAUACUGAGUAGAAAGGAAUUCAUUCAUUUAAUAUCCAUAUUUCGGGUUUGAUAAAAUAUCUCUAAUUUAUUGCUAUGUACUCAAUUCAUAUAAGUCAUUUAAUUGUUCGAAUUGCACAAAAGCCUUGCUUAAAUGUAACAUUUAAUCUAAUAUUUAUCAGAUGAAUAA